AUGCAUGGGGUUAUUAACCAAAACAUCAGGACUGCAGACGAGGAUGGCGCCGAUCAAAUCGGUAUUGAAACUCCUCGAUCUGGUGUAGCUACUCCUCAACCCGAUCUACAGGACAAACGCUUGCCAGGCAUUAUGAGCUACUUCGGUCAGUUGCAGACACACACCGAAGGCCCUCCUGGCGGCUGUGACUCCUCGGCUUUGGAUCGUUCGCUUCUUAAACUUGAAGGCUCUGAUCUCAUACCGAGUACCAUGGAGCGGGAUGAGCAUAAUUCUUCGAACCCCUACCCAACCCCACCCACUUCUCAGCCCUCGUCCUCGGGGGGUUCUAUUUCCCAGGACAUGAUUUCUGCAGACUCAGGGGCCCAUGGCAGGGCUGCUGUCGAGCCAAAGUCUCUUACACAGCCGUCGCAAUUCAAGAAACCCACAGCCUCGCCUUUCACCACCACCCACUUUCAAACUUCUAAUGACCCAUCACUACCUGAACUUGACUCCUCCAAAAACGCAUCACCUACCAAAGACUCCAUUAUUCCUUCGCACCCAGAACCUGGUGCAAGCUCAGGCGUUUAUUCAGCUACUGCCCCCGGCAAGUGGCAUUUUCUUAAUGGACUCAAAGAGCUAACUCGUAUGACGUUCAAGAGCGGCAACUCGACUCCCUCUCGAGCAAUGUCGGCUGCUCGACCUUCAGGCUCCGAAAGGGCCCCCUCCUCUGGGAGAACCAGUCAUGACGGCGCUGAAGUCAGCGGCGCUCAGACUCCGAGAAGCUCUGGCGGUGCGCAGGCGCCUGCGGCCAAGGGAAAACUAACCAUCAAGAUCAACGAAGCUCGAGGGCUCAGGAAGAGUCGGGAUCCGUAUGUUGUUGUGGUUUUUCAGCGCAGUGAGCUCAUCUCAGGCGGUCCCCACCACAUGGAUGAGGACGAGGACGAAGACUUUAGCAUCGACCCACCCCCCGCUACUGGCGGCAUUGCCAUUCAGCGAACAGGAAGCGAUUCUGGGCGACCCUUGGCCAUUCCCAUGAGGAGCAGACAAAGCAGCAACACCAGCAACAACGAACAUGGCUCAUUCCGAACCCGAUCUGGGCAGGUAUCAUUCACCAACCCGAAAUGGGAUGCUGAAGCAGAGUUCGAUGUGGUGGACUAUGACAUGUUAGUUGAUGUCUCCGUCUACGACCAUGGAGCGAAUGGCGAUGAAUUCCUUGGUCAUGUUGAUUUCCGGGCCAGCAAGGAUCCUGGCACCACUGUCGAGGGCUGGUUCCAGUUGCAGGGCCAUGCUGAUACAAUGGCAGAGAAGGCGCCAACCGGAGAGAUCUUUCUCGAGGCUAUUUAUCAUAGAGCUGAGAGAAAGCAAUUCGGUCCUACUGACUUCGACAUCCUCAAACUUAUCGGCAAGGGAACCUUUGGCCAGGUUUAUCAAGUGCGAAAGAAGGAUACUCAACGUAUUUAUGCCAUGAAGGUUCUGCAGAAGAAGGUUAUUGUGCAGAAGAAGGAGGUCGCGCACACUGUCGGUGAACGAAACAUUCUGGUCCGAACUGCCAUGUCCGACUCACCUUUUAUCGUCGGUCUCAAGUUUUCUUUCCAGACUCCAUCAGAGCUUUACCUUGUUACUGAUUACAUGUCUGGAGGUGAGCUGUUCUGGCAUUUGCAGAAGGAGGGUCGAUUCGACGAGAAGCGAGCCAAGUUCUACAUCGCCGAGUUGAUCUUGGCCAUCCAACACCUUCACAAUAAUGAUAUCGUUUACCGAGACUUGAAGCCUGAGAAUAUCCUUCUGGACGCCAACGGCCAUAUCGCUCUAUGCGAUUUCGGUCUCUCCAAGGCCAAUUUAACGAAAAAUGAUACAACCAACACUUUCUGUGGAACUACCGAAUACCUCGCGCCCGAGGUUUUGCUGGACGAGUCCGGCUACACCAAGAUGGUGGAUUUCUGGUCGCUAGGUGUUUUGGUGUUCGAAAUGUGUUGCGGCUGGAGCCCAUUCUAUGCCGAAGACACACAGCAAAUGUAUAAGAAUAUUGCUUUCGGCAAGGUGAGGUUCCCUCGAGAUACCCUUUCUCAAGAAGGAAGGAAUUUCGUCAAGGGACUCCUCAACCGAAACCCUAAGCAUAGAUUGGGCGCGACCGAUGAUGCCGAGGAGCUGAAGAGGCACGCUUUCUUUGGAGAUGUGGAUUGGACUCUGCUCACCAAGAAGCUUAUCACUCCUCCAUUCAAGCCCAAAUUGAAGUCUGAGACAGAUGUUUCAUACUUUGAUCCUGAGUUUACGACCGCGCUGGACCAGAACGGCUCACUGAACGAGCGAGCUGCGGCAUUGGCUCGAGGGUACGCCGCUUCAACACCUUUGUCUCCAUCUGUACAAGCCAACUUCCAGGGCUUCACAUUUGUAGAUGAGAGCGCACUUGAUGAUCACAUGCGGGACCGAGCAGGACUUGUCGACGAGGAUAUGGACGACGGCCACGGCCGCAGACACCGCGAUAACGACGACUGGGAUAAUCUGGACGACAUUGACCUCAGGAAGGCAAACCGGAUGAGUGGAAUCGUGAAGACUGGACACGAUGAUCACAUGGUGGGAGGCUCUCACUUUGACGUAUAA